AUGUGCAUUCCGAACCUAAGAAAGCAUGUUGCCCGGCAUUCCCAGAGAUACCUUCCGAACAGCAACCCCAAAGCAACCCCGAAAGCAUGUUUUGCAAGCAUUGCACGUACCACAGAGCGGACAUGGUAUGCAACGUGGUACCAAUGCGAUCCUGUCUGUCUGUCCGCUCGUUCCAUGCAGCAUGCCGCAACGAUACUGGUUGGCGGCAAGAAGGGCUGGCCUGGCAUGAAGUCGUGGACUGUACCGACUAUUGGAGAGACCGACACUUUAGUCUUCAAGUGGGGACACAGUAGCGUGGAUAAGGUGUUUGGCACGAAGCACAAUUUGGCGAACGCCAAAACUCGAGUCCUGAUGGAUAAAUGUGACACCAAGGCUGUCGAUAAGGUGUUUAUCAAGGCCACGGGCAAGGCUAAGAAGUCUUUCACACUUAAUGGGGUUGCUGGAUAUAAUUUCUACAGCACUGUGGGAAAGGAUUGUGCCAAAAGGGGCAUAGCGCUUGCUGUUAGCUUUGCAUAG